AUGGAAACGGGUGUGGUGAAAGGGGGGGUGGUGAAAGGAGGGGUGGUGAAAGGAGGGGCGGUGAAAGGAGGGGCGGUUAAAGGAUGCGCGGUGAAAGGAGGGGCGGUUAAAGGAUGCGCGGUGAAAGGAGGGGCGGUUAAAGGAUGCGCGGUGAAAGGAGGGGCGGUGAAAGGAGGGGCGGCGGAGGAAGUGAUAGAGAUAGCCGACGACAGCACUGACGAAAUGGAGGACUCGCCUGAAGACGUGAUCUUUCCCCGCCGGCAUCUUCCACGCGGAAAGAAAAUCACCGCUCGUGCUGGUGCUGGCGCUGGUGCUGGUGCUGUAGUUGCUGGAGCUGGUGCUAGUGGUGGUGGUGUUGGUGGUGGUGGUAGUGGUGGCGGUGGUGUUAGGGUGGGUCGUGGUGCUGCUGCUGCCCUGGCGUUUCUAGACGAGGAUACUGCUGAUGAGGCUUACAGUGGCGUGCAGGGUAUGGCUCAAAGCCUGAGGGAGGAGGGGGAGGGCAGGGGGGGUCAUGAGAGGCAUCAGGAAGAGGCUUGCAGUAGCAGGCAGGAGAUCGCUGGAAACCCAAGCCCAAGGGAAAAACGUCAAGAGGCUGUUGGGACGCCUGUGAAAGAGGCUUCUCGUAGAGAGGAAAAUCGGCAGGAGGCUGCUGGAAACCCAAGAGAGAAGCACCAGAGGGUGUCUGAGGCGCCUGUAGCAGAGGCUUGCGAAGACAGGCAGGAGGUGGUUGAGAGUACAAGGGAGGGUUGGGAGGGGGAUGGGAGAGAUGGAGACGGGUGGGCGGAUGAUUGGAAGGAGUUGGGUGUGGUGGGAGGAGAUGGGCAGGGAGUGUUGAAAGAAGAGGAGUUGUUUGAUUAUCUGUUGCAGCAAGGGAUUGCAGGAGGGAGGGCUGGGGUUGCAGGAGAGGGGCAAUGUCGCCCUCUUGACCUCCUUUGUCUUCUCGUUUCACUACUUCUCCUCAUGUCUUCUCGUGUCUUCUCGUGUCCCUGCGUGUCUCCUCCACCAACCCCAACCACAGGCCCAUGUCCCAUCGUGCUCCGUCUCUCCUUUGGCAACGUCGCCCUCUCCCCCUCCUUGUCUUCUCGUUUCACUACUUCUCCUCAUGUCUCCUCUUGUCCCUGCGUGUCUCCUCCACCAACCCCAACCACAGGCCUCUGUCCCAUUGUGCGCCGUCUCUCCCUCGGCAACGUCGCUCUCUCGCCCUCCUUGCCGCUGCGCGUGGCUCUCACUCUCGCUCCCCCAACCGCACCUGCAUUAGUUGCCCACAUCAAUGGGCUGGGACUCACAGACAAGCAGGCAGAGCCGCUGCUUGAUGCUGCUGCCUGCAUGCCUGCUCUCACCUCCCUCAACCUCUCGCAUAACCAGCUGGGGUGCUCGUCCCUCAAGAAGACUGCGUUGCUGUUCAAGCAGCGACUGCUUGCUCACGUGGAACACAGCCAGCAGCAGGCACAGCCACAACAGCACCACCAUCACUCCCCACCAGCAGCAGCGGCGGCGGCGGCGGCAGCGGCAGCAGCAGCAGCAGCGGCAGCAGCUGCGUUAGGGUACGCGCCACUGGGAGAGUCAUGUCUGUCGGCGCCCCUGCUGUCUCUUGAUCUGCAUGCCAACUGCAUCACCUAUGAGGCUCUUCGGCAACUUCUCUCUUCACCAUCCCCCACCUUUCUGGCGUAUCUGAGUCACAUAGACAUCUCACACAACCCCUGGAUACCGCAUGCGUUUGCCCUGCGCUGCGACAACAGCUGGGCCACGGCUGCUGCCUCUGCCCUCUCAUGCUUCUCCCCACCCAACCACGCUUCCCCCCAACCACGCUUCCCCCCAACCACGCUUCCCCCCAACCACGCUUCCCCCCAACCACGCUUCCCCCCACCCAUGCUUCCCCCACCCAUGCUUCCCCCACCCAUGCUUCCCCCACCCAUGCUUCCCCCGCCCAUGCUUCCCCCGCCCAUGCUUCCCCCGCCCAUGCUUCCCCCACCCAUGCUUCCCCCGCCCAUGCUUCCCCCGCCCAUGCUUCCCCCACCCAUGCUUCCCCCGCCCAUGCUUCCCCCGCCCAUGCUUCCCCCGCCCAUGCUUCCCCCACCCAUGCUUCCCCCGCCCAUGCUUCCCCCGCCCAUGCUUCCCCCGCCCAUGCUUCCCCCACCCAUGCUUCCCCCGCCCAUGCUUCCCCCGCCCAUGCUUCCCCCACCCAUGCUUCCCCCGCCCAUGCUUCCCCCGCCCAUGCUUCCCCCGCCCAUGCUUCCCCCACCCAUGCUUCCCCCGCCCAUGCUUCCCCCGCCCAUCCUUCCCCCACCCAUGCUUCCCCCGCCCAUGCUUUCCCCGCCCAUGCUUCCCCCGCCCAUGCUUCCCCCGCCCAUGCUUCCCCCACCCAUGCUUCCCCCACCCAUGCUUCCCCCGCCCAUGCUUCCCCCGCCCAUGCUUCCCCCACCCAUGCUUCCCCCGCCCAUGCUUCCCCCGCCCAUGCUUCCCCCGCCCAUGCUUCCCCCACCCAUGCUUCCCCCGCCCAUGCUUCCCCCGCCCAUCCUUCCCCCACCCAUGCUUCCCCCGCCCAUGCUUCCCCCGCCCAUGCUUCCCCCGCCCAUGCUUCCCCCACCCAUGCUUCCCCCGCCCAUGCUUCCCCCGCCCAUGCUUCCCCCGCCCAUGCUUCCCCCACCCACGCUUCCCUCGCUUCUCCCUGCAGCCCUGUCGUCCAUUGUGCUGCGUGCUGACGUCGAUGCAGCACACACUCCCACCUUUCUCUCCAGAGCUAUUCUCAAGCUCGCUCAUCCCGACUCUCAAAGCCUACACUGCUCCCCUCCUCCUCCUCCACUAUCCACUUCAACACCACCCUCUCAGCCGUGUGACGCCAUGGCUGUGAUGCUGCAUGCUCUGCUGCCUGCCACGCCUCGCCUACGACACAUCAGCCUCUCAGGCACCCACCUCUCUCCCGCCGCACUUCUGCCCUUGAUGCAGCACCUGGCGUCUCCUCUCUGUCGCCUUGUGCAUGUGGAUGUUUCUCGCUGCACUCUGCACCACCCUUCUGCUCUUGCUCUGCUGCAACCUAUGGCAGAGCGUGAAGGGGGGGAGAGCAGGGGGGGAUGGGACAGCAGGAUGGACGGAGAUGGAACACAGAGUGGCAGGCCCGCGAUGUCUCUUCGUCGUCCCGCCAUGGAUUCCGGCGCACAGCGGCUUGCGGCGCUUUUCCUCGCCUGCGCGCUCCUGCUAGUGAGCGCGGCGGUGCCGGCAUCGGCGGUGUUCAAGGUGACGACGUACAAGGAGCUCGUGGUGGCGAUGCAGGCGGGCGGGCCCAUCGUCGUCGCGCACUCGUUCUACCUCGACGGGCCGCUGCCCAACGUGUCGCGCCCGCUCGCCAUCUCCGCCGAUCCCGUGUGCAAGAAGACCGAGCUUCGAUUCUGCCGGCUAGACGGCAAGCGCAAGAACCGUCACUUCACGGUCGUCAAGGGCGGCCAGCUGCGUCUCACCGGCCUGCUCCUCUCCCGCGGCCGCCCGCGCUCCGGCAGCGGGGGCUCGAUCUGGGUCAUGGACGGCGGCAGCGCGAUUCUCAACCAGGUCUACUUCCGCUUUAACGGAAUUGGCGGAACCACCGCGUCGGGCGGCGCGGUCGAGGUGGACUCGGGCGGGAGCGUCCGCAUGACCGCAUGCCACUUUAUCCGCAACUUCGCCGGGUUUGGCGGCGCGAUUGCCGGCGCGCUGCGCGCGACGGUUGUGGCGGACUACUGUAUCUUCCACAGGAAUAUGGCUUCGACGGCGGGAGGCGCGAUUUCGCUGAUUAUGGAGUCCGCGGGGGUGUUCCGACGACCCAAGUUCUUUGCCAAUCUGGCCGGGGCGGGCAGUGCGAUCCAGGCGGAUGCGUCAAAGCUGGCCCUGUGCAACGUGCUGUGGUACAACAACAAUGCCACUCUCCCUAAUACGGCGUUCUUGGCAACUGAGAAGAGUGUGAUCUCAAUCGCAAUCAUGGCUUUCAACCUCUCCUUAAUCCUCGCCCUCAUCAGUCUGAUGCUACAUGCCGCAAAUGCCACUAACAUGCCUGCUGGCGGAUGCCACACUCGCUACGUCUGCCCCUACAUAGACGACCUCGCUACAGCAACAAUCGACGACACCACUUACACCGACUACAGCUUCAUCGGCGAUUACCAGGGGCAGUUCAACGACCAGGGCGGGAUGUACGAGCCUCACCAGCGCGGCUCGGGUCCCGUAAAUUACGAGCGGUACACGGAGGUGGGGACCAUCUUCGACGUGGUGAAGGGCGUGUACGGCGACACGCUGCAGGAGUGCUGCCGUGCGUGUGCGCGCGCCACCUACUGCUACGAGUGGCAUUGGUUCAAGAAGUAA